AUGGCCCUCCUCAUACCCCAGGGAGUGGAAAACGUCUUCCAACUUCAGAAACCAGAAGGUCGGGAGCACCUACGGAGACUGUUGAACUGGGAAGAGUUUGACGAGCUCAAAGACUCCCGCAGAAGCAUUCUGCUGGACACCCUCUACGAAAGUAUCAUCUUUGCUGCGGGCAAAGGCUUCCCCUGGGUAGAGGUGGCCCAGGUGGUCAAGUUCACAGAAGAGCUGCUCAGAGAAACCAAAGGCUGCUCCAUCACUGAGGCUGCGACGAUCCUGGGGAACAAGCUCAGAGACUACGAGGGGCAGUUGAACACCACCCACCUGCUGGCCCAGUGCGACUACUUCCACAACACGUUCAUCCGCCACUACAAACUCUACCAGUACGUCCUGGGCCGGGACCAGGACGUCAAGCUGACCGUCACUCACCUGGAGGUGUGUGUGCCACCCCAGCCCCUCCCGCUGGCUGCGGGCAAGGACCAGGCCGUCUGGAAGCACGAACAGCAGGUGGUGGAGCUCAGCGCGGCCGAGGUGCAGAAGCGGGCCUACAUGCUGCAGCUGAAGGAGGCCCUGCGACUAGAGCAGCAACAUCUGUUGCAGGAGAUACUCCCGGAGCUGCCCGGGUGCCAGCACCAGGUCCUGAAGAGAGAGGAGCUAGAAAAUCUCAUCAACGAGGCCAUUCACAUCCAGAUUGAAUGCCUGAAGGAACUGCUGCAGUCUGAGAUACAGAGAACCUUUGUCACGGGCCAGUCAGGCCAAGAUGAAGCUCUUAAGUUGUACAAAGCAAACUAA